AUUUUAUAUUUUUUUAGCUUUUAUUUUCGUUCUGAAAGGGUUUACAUAAACCCUUGGUUCUUCGUGGUGUCUCUGUGCUGCAGAGAAAAUGUCAGGCAAAGGACCAGGUUUCUUCUCCGAUAUCGGCAGGAGUGGGAGAGAUAUCCUCACGAAGGAUUACAACUCCGAUCAGAGAUUCACCAUCUCCUCCUCCGCCAACUCUGGUCUGGACCUGAAAUCUACAUUGGUGAAGAGCAGAGGGCUUUCCUCUGGUGAUGUGACUGCGGAAUUUAAGUAUAAGAACAAAGUGGUGAAUUUCAAAGUUGAUACUGAAUCAAAUGUGCUGACUACAUUCACUGUCUCUGAUGUUAUGCCGUAUGCGAAAACAAUUUCUUCGAUUCGUUUGCCUGAUUACAAUUCUGGAAAGUUUGAGGUUCAGUAUCUUCAUGAUCAUGUGGCUUUUACUCUUCGUGUUGGUUUAACCCGCUCCCCUGCUAUUGAUUUUUCUGGGACGAUGGGCACUCCCAGCAUUGCCUUUGGAGCAGAAACGAGCUAUUCUACAAGUCUUGCUAAAUUUACGAAAUACAAUGCUGGUCUGUGCUUUAAAAUGCCAAGUUCCAGUGCUUCAGUAAUUUUAGGUGAUAAGGGAGAUUCCAUGAAGGUGUCAUAUUUACACCAGCUAGAAAGAUUGAAUGGAGGAGCUGUUGUUGGAGAGAUUAGCAGAAGGUUUUCUACAAAUGAGAACACAUUAACAGUUGGAUGUUCAUUGGUCGUUGAUUCUCAGACAGUUUUGAAGGCAAAGCUGAACAACCACGGCAACCUUGGCGCUUUAUUGCAGCAUGAGCUAACAAGCAAGUCAUUCUUGACAAUCUCGGGUGCUUUUGAAACAAAGGAUUUGGACAAGAAUCCCAAGUUUGGUUUCUCACUCUUGCUCAAACCAUAAUGGAUUUGUAAAUUGAGGUAAUUUAUUAAGUUAUAUCUUGCAGCUUCCUUCGAUUAAGUUGAAUGAAAGGAAGAAAGUAGAGGAAAUUGGUAUAGAUUGCUGAUGUAUUAUUUUUAUCUCAUUAUCUUCAAGUGAUUGAUUGGACAGCAUGAGAUUAGAAAGGUAUUGUCACGGGGAAUGCAUCUAAUUAUUUUAUGGCAUCUGAUUCAAAACUA